AAUAAGAUUCUCUGAAACGUAGUCUCAUAAAAAUAGUAACAUGAAUAAAACAAUGAUUGAAUGGAAUGAAAACCUUCCAUUACGAAUAUUAUUCAUUUUCAAAACCUUAUAUGAUUAUUAUUCAGUAAUAAAAUAAGUGCAAUUGUAGUUUUGAAUCACACUCUGACCAUCUUAUAAAAGAGAAAUAAAAGUGUUGGGAGGGUAAUUUAGUUGCUGUAGUGUGGUAGUACUGGUCCAAAUGCUCAAAUUCAAAGAUAAGCCGUUGAAUUUGAAUCUCAUGUUCAUUAAACGUUUGUAACUCGUGAGGGUAAGUUCACCACUCAUCUUUACAAUCUCUACAGCAACUGGAAGACGUCAACUUCAAGACUCAAGCAAAGAACAACUGAAUAAUUAACUCGAGCAUCAAAUUCAAAGCAGUUUUAUUGAGUAUUGAGAUAAACAACUGGAGGUGAACGGUACAUAAACUACGGAAACAUCAUGUAUCAUACGAUUGAAAAAUUCGACUCUUAUGUGAAGGAGGAUUACGAUGGGACCUACUCUGUCAGAUAUAGCAGUAAACAGAAUUCAGUGCAAAUGGUUACUAACAUGGAAAUAGGAAGAGCAAUUCUUCUCUACUCUGGAAGCUAUUCGCAAAAUAACGCACGAUUUGGAGAGAAUAGAAAUAAUCAAUGUGUGCCCAUUGCCAUGGCAAUGUCCGCACAAGUCCAGAUCAAUCCCAAUCACAUCCCGUCUACUCAAGUAAUAGAUGAAAUAAUAGACGCUGGAGACUGCCAUUACUCGAAAACCAGGAGAAAACUCAAUCAUAACUUUAAACACCUUUCUAUGAAUGAGGCAGCAGUUGAUCCUAUCCAAAUCGGAUCUGAUUUUUAUAAAAUCAGCUUUACAACAACGCGUGGUGCUUUUCCCACGAAUGAGAGUGAAUACGAUGAUAAAGUUCGAGAGUUAUACUCAAAUUUUGUAGAAUUGAUGAUCCAGAAUCCUGGGAAAAGUCUAGUUUUUAUUGGGGUGGCAAUGGCUCUGUCCAUUUGGGAAAAGACCCCUAAUUAUUACUUAUUCGAUUCCCAUGCAAUGGAUGAGUAUGGGAACUUGAAAAAAGAUGGUUUGGCUAGGCUCUUCGAAUUCAAUAGCUUGCGUGAUCUAGCUCACUUUCUAAUGAGAAGAGUUACAAAGUAUACUUAUGAAAAGCUUAUGUGCUAUACGUACGAGUUACAUGCUAUAAAUGCUGAACCUGCAGUAGUGUAUUGCGGAUCUGAAAAUCAACCAAUUAAUUUCAAGCAGUUUGGAACGAUGGCCGAUGGCUUAGAAAUAUAUAAGCCAACCUAUUCAAACUAUUGGAGUGGCGUAGCUCGUAAUAAGCUGAUGAUUCGACUUAUACCACUAAGGGAGGGGUCAAAAGUAACUGAAGUGGUGGGAUAUAUCUUUGGAGAGGGUCUUGGUGAUAUGAAAUAUUCUCAGGAGAAAGUGAAGAUUCAUUGAUGGUGCGUCAGAGAAACUUUCAACUUUUUUGGCAUUUCUAUUUUGAUAGAUACGAUCUAUAUUCAUAUAUAUUUUUCGAUUUA